AUGGCCGAGGCAACAUCCAACAAACGAAAGAUCAUAAUCAAAAACAUUCCAACGAGUAACGGUAAAGAAAUUGCUGAUGACAUGGUCGAAGGUUUUCAGGACCAAAUUGAUUACUACGACUUUAUAGCGCCACAAGAUAAUUUGUUUUGCUCAGCUAUCGUCCACUUCACUUCGGACGACGCACUCAACAAAUUUAAUUCGAAGUAUUCAAACCACGUGUGUUUCUUACCAGGAGGACAAGAGAAGAAAAUAUCAAUUGAGUUCUGUGUGAAUCAGCGAAUAUCAACACAAGACAAGGAAGACACUUUAAACAACACUUUACAAGACGAUCCAGAAUACAUCAAAUUUUUAGAAACACUCAAAAAAUAA